AAUAAUCGAAAAGUCAUAACCGUCAAAUUGGUUUUUUAACUAUGCUGGCGCAUAUUCAAGCAGUUAAGGUCGCCUACUCCACGAAUCCCCUUAUCUCUUAUAAUGUUAAUGAAUGGUGAUAAUGAUGUAGUAGGAGAGGCUGCUAAAUUUCACAAACCAGGAGAGAAUUAUAAUUCUCCUGGUUAUGUUGUGACGAAGGAUACUAUGAGGUUGCUGAAAGAACAUGUAAAGCAAACAGGUGGUGUAGUAGUGACCAGGUUUCCCCCUGAACCAAACGGUAUUUUACACAUUGGCCAUGCUAAAGCAAUAAAUUUUAAUUUUGGUUAUGCAAAAAAACACGGUGGCAUAACCUACUUAAGGUAUGACGAUACAAACCCGGAGAAAGAAGAGGCAGAGUUUUUUGAGGCUAUUGAGGACAUGGUUAGAUGGUUAGGUUUUACUCCAUAUAAAAUUACACAUGCAUCAGAUAAUUUCCAACAGUUAUACGAAUGGGCAAUUAAGUUAAUCAAAUUAAAGCUAGCUUAUGUUUGCCAUCAGCCUGUUGAAGAAAUACGAGGUUUUAAUCCGCCACCUUCUCCAUGGAGAGACAGACCGGUUGAAGAGUCCUUACGAUUGUUUGAGGAUAUGAAGAACGGCAAGAUUGACGAAGGCAAAGCUACAUUACGUAUGAAAGUGACAUUGGGUGAUGGAAAAGUGGAUCCAGUAGCUUAUCGCAUCAAGAUGACUCCUCAUCAUCGCACUGGUACUGAAUGGUGCAUUUAUCCUACCUACGAUUAUACUCAUUGUUUGUGUGAUUCCAUCGAGAAUAUUACACAUUCAUUAUGCACUAAGGAAUUUCAGUCACGACGUCCUGCCUACUAUUGGCUUUGUAACUCACUAAAUAUUUAUUGUCCAGUCCAAUGGGAAUAUGGUCGCCUCAAUUUGUAUUAUAGUGUGGUGUCUAAGCGCAAGAUUUUAAAACUGAUAGAAGCUGGGAUUGUUAAUGACUGGGAUGAUCCACGGCUAGUGACUUUAACAGCACUUCGUCGUCGUGGAUUUCCACCUCAAGCUAUUAAUAUGUUUUGUGAACGUAUUGGCGUUACCAUGGCUCAAACAGUUCUUGAUCCUUCUGCUUUGGAUGCUUGCGUACGAGACUACUUGAAUGAUCAUGCACCACGUGUAAUGGCUGUCUUAGACCCAGUAAUGGUAACUAUUACGAAUUGGUCUGAACUAUAUGGCGAUAAGUCUUCUGUUGAGCUUACGGUGGCGGACUUUCCUGCCAUUCCCGACAGUAAGACCCAUAAGGUUCUAUUACAACAGGAUCUGUACAUAGAAAGUACAGACUUUCAAGAAAUUGCUGAAAAAGGAUAUCGCCGUUUAACACCUGAUCAACCGGUUGGUCUUCGAUAUACGGGUCUCGUUUUAGAAUUAUCCGAUUUGGAAAAGGAUUCCAGUAUGAAAAUAAUUCGUUUAUUUGUGAAAGCUCAUAAGGUGGAAGAUUCUAUAAAGCCAAAAGCUUUUAUACACUGGGUGUCCAAUCCUUUGCGAUUUGAAGCUCGACUGUACGACCGAUUGUUCACUGUGAAGGAGCCAGAGAGCGAAAAGAAUGGAUUCUUGUCUGUCAUCAAUAAAAAUUCACUAGUCAUACUUCCAAAUGCUUUGAUUGAGCAGUCUGUUAAGAACGCUGAGGUUUACACUGCCUUUCAGUUCGAACGUAUUGGUUUCUUCUCUGUGGAUCCUGAUACAAACUCAGAACGCAUGGUUUUCAAUCGAACUGUAGCUCUAAAAGCUGAUCCGGGUAAAACAAUUUAAUAUCGAAAUUCGUUUUCACGACUAUAAGUUUCUAAUGCUUGGUUGAACAUUAUGUAUAGUGCUUAUAUGGCCUGUAAUAUAUUUUCUACCUUGGAUA